GAGAUUCGGGAGUGCGAGAGUCGUCCCUGCCCUCCGUCUCUACAUAGUGCUGCCUGUGUGUGCGCUGCCUGAGCUCUCUCUCGUUCAUGCAUACACACACACACACACACACAUACACACACAGGCACAGGCAGGCAUACACACACCGAACGAGGGAGGGCGAGAGAGAGAGAGGGAAAGAGAGAGAGAGAGCAAGAGAGACAGGGCGAGAGAGAGAGAGAGAGAGAGAGAGAGAGAGAGAGAGAGAGAGAACAGAUCGCAGCAGAGAUGCAGCAGGAGGCUUUUCGAGGUUUCGGGGUGGGGUCAUGGUGUCCAGAAUGGACGGCUGGCACCCCCACCAUGCCAUCGUCAUACUUUUGGAGCUAAAUGUGCAGCACCUGGCUAGCAAUGCUUCAAUCAAUGAGAAGACUCGAUUUCACAUCCGUCUACGAAUCAUCGCUGUGUACAACAUCCAAAUUCAAGGAUUGAGCUUUUCUUCUUUCUUGAAUGCCUGCCAAUCUUCCAUUCCAGUGGUGGACACAGUUCCAACUUUUACCUCACUCUGUUCAGUACUUCUGAACUUGCUGAACUGCAUUCACGCAUCUUGCUUCCUUAAGGGUCUGUUUGAAGUGGGUGGCCUGAAAAAGUGUCUCAAAGGACUAAAGGAAAAAAGUCAAAUGAAACACAGAAAUAAACAACUAAGAGGAGAAAGGAUGGGAGAAGGGACAGAUGAAGUGGAUGGUACCAAAACGACAAGGAUAUCUCUCAGUUUUCCAAUCAGCGCUGGACUGCCUGGUUUCUCUGCACAAAAGCACUGUCCAAUAAUUCAUCCCCCUUCCUCUUCUAUAGCAUUUGAUAGAGAUGCUUCAAAUAGCACUGCAUGGAAGGAGGAAACUCUCAGAGACAAACCAUUGUCCAAAGGUUCAAAAUCAGACUACCUAUCCUGCUCUUCCUCCUCCACUCUCCCCAUUGAUUUGACUGCACCUGUCAGUAAGAACUGCAAAUCUACUAUGUCUUUUUCUGUGGCUGGUAGUGGCCCCCACUUUCCAACAUCUUCAUUGCACACAUCUGCUAAAAUGGACUACUCAAGAGAGACAUCUGGAGCUAGUCUGCCUAAUGACUACCCAGAACACUCAACAACAGAGACUGCACAUAUCUUGUUCAACCUGAGUGCAAGAGCCUACCAAGGUCAGGUAACGAAGGACAUAGAAAGCGCAAAAGGCAAAAAGCGUAAAGGAAACAGCCUACAUGUGGAACUGAGCCUUCCUCUUCCUAGUAUAAAUCCACCAUCCUCUUCCUCAAGCCCUCCUCCCCUUUCACCCCCUUCUGUCUCUCCAUUGCCCCUCCCUCCUCCAACUUUCCAUGACUCCUAUCAAGCAGUGCCAAAACCGGAGCUGCUGUGUGGGGUAUGCCACCGUCUGUUCAGCACCGCCUCAUCCCUCACUGUGCACAUGCGUCUUCAUCGGGGUGGACGACUCCUCAGCUGCCGCCAUUGUGGCAAAGCAUUUAUCCAUAAUAAAAGACUGCAGUCCCAUGAGGCCACCUGUCGGCAAGCACUGCCAGCUUUCUCCAUCCAGCCCAAACAAGAACCUUUGGAGGAGGGGAGCGUGGAGAAAACAAAUGAGGCAACCGAGCCAGAACAGCCUGGACAAGAAACAGGACCUGGGCAACCCAUAAAGAAAGGACGAGGCCUCCAAGGACAUCAUGCAAGGGCAAUGUCUCACAGUGAUACUCUCAGGGAUGAGGAUCACUUUGUGAAGAUUGUUGAUGGACAUAUCAUUUACUUCUGCUCAGUAUGUGAACGCUCCUACAUGACUCUGUCAAGUCUCAAGCGCCACUCCAAUGUGCACUCAUGGCGUCGGAAGUACCCAUGCCACUAUUGUGACAAAGUCUUUGCUCUUGCGGAAUAUCGCACCAAACAUGAGGUGUGGCACACUGGGGAAAGGCGAUACCAAUGCAUAUUUUGCUGGGAGGCCUUUCCUACUUACUACAACCUCAAGACACACCAGAAGGCAUUCCAUGGAAUUAGCCCUGGCCUCAUAUCAAGUGAGAAAACAGCCAAUGGGGGCUAUAAGCAAAAGGUCAAUGCACUUAAACUUUACCGCCUACUACCCAUGCGCUCUCAAAAAAGGCCUUAUAAGACAUACAACCAGGCUAUGGCUGAUGGACUGCUUAAAGCUGACACAUCGACUAAUUUGCCUUUACCUCUAGGCUGCAGUCUCCCUUCAAGUCUGGGCCCAAGUAAACUGGACUCUUUCCUUAAGGACAUUCAUCCCCAAGACAUUAAGCCAGAUCCUGAGAGUUUUCUCAUCAAGAUGGACACAGAGCACUGCAGGAAGCUGGCACCAGCCCAGGCAGAGGUACCAGCAGAGGUCAGUGAAAAGGAAAGGGCAGAUUUACAUCUCUCUGGCAACAGCAGUGUCAAAGCCAAAAAUGUGAAAAACCCAGAGAUGGCCGUUUCUUCUGUCAUUACAUUUGGACAUAGCAAACCCUCAGUCAUUAUGCAUAGCACAGCACUCCCAUCCUCUGUCAUUGUUCAAAGAGAUAAGACACCCUCUGGAGAUGGAAAAUGUCCUUCCGAGAGCAGUCAUACGAUGGAUAAGACUUUGCAAAAAACAUUUAAAAAGCAUACACAAAAAGAUCAUACACAUGCCCAUAGCAAGUGGGACACAACCGGCACACAUACAGAUGUCACAAAAAUCCAACAUCCAACAGAAAAGAUUCACAAGGGAAGAAAAGCUCAUAGCAAGAGCGAGUCAAGCAAGGUGGUUCCUGUAUCUGUAGGUUCAGAAGUCAAAGGAAGUGGGCCUCUUUGUCAAAUCACUGUACGUAUAGGGGAAGAGGCUAUUGUCAAAAGGAGUAUAUCUGAGACUGACCUCAUGAGAGACAAAAACCCACCAAGUAAAGAAAAAAAGAGUCACUUUCUACAUGGAGACAAGAGAGAACCACGUCAUACCCAUCACCACCACCGCAAGCACCAUGGUCACCGCAGUUCCUGCCAGGAAGAAAGAGAUUCAACACUGCCAGGCAAGGUUAGCAAGUAUUUUUUCCGACAAGAGGUCAGGGAGGACAGGAACGAUUAUGAUGGAGAAGACAACCUGUGGAGACCCUAUUAUUCGUAUAAGCCCAAAAGAAAGGCUUUGCAUAUGCAGAAGAUCAAGAGCUGGCAGCGCAAAAUGCACUACAAACGAUCAAUGCGGUUGAUGAAGAGAGCGGAAAGACUAAUGAAUGAUGUAAACAAAGAUGGUAAAGGUUUAGAGAAAGAAGAGAAGGAAGACGUAAAGGAGGAGGAAAAUGCAGUUUUUCAUCAGGAGGAGAUCAAAGAUGACGCUCAACCUCCAUGUGUUCCAGAAAUAACAGAAGAGAAGGAGAAAGAAAAUGGGGCUCCUGCAAAAACUGACCUUUCUUUAUCUACAACUUUAUCUCAAUCCACUUCUCAAUACACUGUUUCCCCCACCAUCAAGCAACAUUGGUCUGGGGACCAGGCCUCUGAAUGUGGAUCUUGUGGUCGUUGGUUCUCCAGCUCAAGGAAGAGAGACAAACAUGAGCUAACACAUCUAUUUGAAUUUGUGUGUCUACUUUGCAGAGCUACUUUCCCUUCUCAGACCAAAUUAGAGGAACAUCAGAGAACUAGUCACCCAAAAAAUAAGCGUCUGCCUACCUUUGCUUCAUGCAAUUCAGAGUCAUCAAGCAAGGAAAAUUCAACGGAAUUAGAGGAGACAAGCAGUACAUUAAGCAGACGGUUCUUAGAAAAGGGGAGCACAGCUCGCUUGGGAAGAAGACCAUUGACUAGAUAUACCUGCUCACAGUGCGAUAAAGUAUGCAAGACUGCUGCUGCGCUAAACUGCCACCUAAAGAGACAUGAGCUAGGCAGCAAUACAGAGACCAUGCAGCCAGUGAUAGACAUGCAAAGUCAUAAUUCUGAGGUACAAGAGGUAGACAAAGUUCAAAGGACAGAUUCAGACAUUACACCGAGGCAUGCACAGCCCAUCCCAGUUAUAAACUAUCUCAAGUCAGAUUCUCAUCAUACACAGAAACAGGCAUGUGAAAGGAAUAAAGAGCACCAAAGUUUAGCUACUGGUGAAAGUCCAAAGUUGGCAGCUAUUGACAAAAUUCAGAAUUCCCAUUUGAGCACUGUAUCUUCCCCAGUUCGACUCAGCCCAACACCAGAAAGGGCAAGGGUCAUCUCCCCUAGUCUCCCCAGUGUGCUGGUGAUGAAUGGAGCAGAAUGUCUUGACUUCCGAACGCCUGAAAAACGAAUUCUAGAUGCACAGGAUCAGAGGAGAAGAAGUCUCACACCCACUGACAGACCAAAGCAAAUCUGUCAAGUCCAAAUGGCAGACAAUGUUAGAACAGAUUCAGAUCCAUCGAUAUCCACGUUACAAUCAGUCAAAGAAAAUGUUUUGACUGAGCAAGAUACUGAAAUACACCAACACAGAGAUAUUGACAUCAGUGAUCCUUCACAAGAGGCUGCACAAGAGGCACAAGAUCUUCGAGUUUCCAGAACGGCUUGCAGCAUCCAAGCGGAGGAUUUGUCCAUGCCGACAAUACUGGCAAGAGAGCGAGAGCUUUCCCAGCAAACUGCAUACCAGUACUCGACCAACAGAAUUCGAUCCACAGACGAUGUGAUGCUCAUAGUGCCCAAAGAGGAACCACUUAGCCCUGUGCCCUCGCCCACAUGCUCUGUCAUUCAAACCACUCACAAAGCCCCUCCACAACGGCACCCGCAGUCCCCUAGUCACUCUCCAAGACCUUUGAACCUACAGUUGCGUUCCCAUUUAGAGACUAAUGAAGCACAUCAAGGCAUGCACAGUGCUGAGAAACAAAUAUCUGUGCUUCCAACAGAUUCGGAUCACAGCAGUGAGCCCCCCUCUUCUCGUUUUGCACUGCACCCCCAAGUGCCCCAUUCAGAGCCAGAGACAAAGGACAGCUCCUCUUCAAGAGAUCCCUGUCGAGAAUCUGGCUAUCCUGUUCAGGAGUAUGCACUUCCGUUAAUCAUACCUGGAGGGUACUACUCUGGUAAGAAACAGGAGGACCAGAUGCUCAUGUCGUACCCUUCUGCGCCCUUGUCGUUUGGUGCACUGGGGAAGAUGGUACCGCAUACUGACUCAACAAAAUUGCCCUUUUACACCGAUCCUUAUCAACUCCUCUAUGGUCCACAGCUACUACCAUAUCCGUACAACCUCGCCACCCUGCCUAUGGCUUUCAAUAUGAUGGCACCAGGGGACAAAGUAGAGCCCUUACCCUUUUUACCCACUCUUUUCAACUAUGCUGCAGUAGGUGCCCCUUUGCCCCAUCCUUUAGUAGUGAAUCCCAGCCUAUACAAUAGCAGCAGUAGCACAAAGCGAAACAGUGACAACCCAUGAACAUAUGGGGAGCUGCAGCACUGAAGGAAUAUUGUACAGUUUAAAAAAGAGGACCAGACCUUAGAGCGAAGAUGUGUGUUGUUGCUGUUUGUUAACUGAACUACUUGCACAGACGUUUUAAGUUUCUUUGGAAAAGUAGCAAAAACCAUAGGUGUAUGUACAAAACUAAAUAUAGUGAAGUAAUGGAGAGGUGCCUUAGAGGUAGGGCCCUGUGGGUAAAGGGAAGGUUUCGAUCCGGUGCGAUUUUCUGGUCCAACGUGGACCUCUUCCCUUUGCCAAAGGCAGAACACACCUCUGACACACCACUCCCCUUUCUCUUUAGAAGAGAUAGAGCUUGGAUAUCCGUCCUCGCAGAUUUGUUGUAAUAACUGGUAUGAAUAUACAUCUGGACAGCAAACAGGGUGUAUUUUCCAAAAAAAGACAAAAAAAAUUAAUUUGUGUGCUUUCCACUAGUGACAUUAUACCAAUAACAACUGUUUGUAGGUCUGACAUAGGCUUUUAUUACAGCAAAUACAAAUAAUAUAGGGGCCAAGCUCUUCAUUCUAAAAUGGACAGAUACACACUCAGUUUAUUGAAGGAAGACAAUAGCAUAUAAGCAGUUCUGUGUGUGUGUGUGUGUGUGUGUGUGUGUGUGUGUGUGUGUGUGUGUGUGUUUCAACCUCUCACCAUGCAUGUAGUUCGGGGUACCUGUCUUUUUUACAACAUGAUGUAGGUUCUGUCGUGUGUAUAUUCAGUACUGGCUUCGAUGUGAGUGUCUGCGCUGUGUGUGUGGGUGUCUUGAGGGUGAUGUGUGCAUGCACUGCACAGUUGUAGCCAGCAAACGUUUGUGCUAUAUCCGCCUUGUUCAACAGUUAAACAGAUCUUGAUAUCGAUGCGGAUAUAUGAGCAUCAUUCCUGGACAAGCUGUUACAACUUUUUUUUUGUAGAUCAGCAAGUAGAAAAACUAGAUGAAGUUCCUCUUCAUCGGUCACAACUUAGCAGCUUCAAUAGCGUACCUACAUGUCAUUGGAUGGAGUUUGUUCAUAUGUGAUCUUUUUUUUUUUUUUUUACUAACCAGCAUCGUGGUUGCUCGGUAAUUUUAAGGCGAUUAAGGAUGGACUGCAAUUUGCAAUGUCAUGUACAUGGUAUGUUUGUAGAAACAUAGACGAUUGUUAGGAGGAUCAAGUGAAGAACUGGACACAAAGCUUUUCUUAAAAAAAAAAACACAUCCUCAGUUACCUUAUCGUUGUUUCUAUAAAGGAAAAUAAGUUUAGUGGCCUUCUCCUCCCCAGUGCCCCCUGGUGUCCAACAAAGACACUCCAUUCAUUCGACCGAAAAUCUGAACGAGACCGAGGUAAGAAGCAGAUGAGAGCGAACAGAGAGAGUGGGAGGGAAGUGGAGCAAAGUGCAGCGAGUCUGUUAUCGCCAGUAGAACUUCCAUUACAAAGUGGCAGAAAAUGGAGCUCUAAGCAGCUGGCGAAUGCCGUUUUUUUUUCAGGCGGACGUGAUCUAAGGAAGCUUGUGAGCUGGGGGUUCUGUUGGCUAGCCAACCGUCUCUCUCCACGUCUCCUCUGCAGUGCACAGAAACAGCAAGGGUUGACGUCAGCUCCUCCUGACGUCUGCGCGUGGUCUGAGUCGCAAUUCCUAAGACUUGGGGGAUAAAAAGAAAAAAAGAACGAAUGAAAGAGAACGAAAAAUUUGCUCACUGACCUGGAGUGGCCUGAACACUCCUUUAGGACUUUCCUGUUUUUAUAUAAUUAUAUAUAAAAAUACAUAUAAAUAUAUAUCUUUUUAAAAAGAAACAAUAUAAUUUGUUUAUUUUACCUAUUUUUUUCCCUUUUUGAUAGAGAGAUUUGUGAGGAUUGUGCUUGAAGGUGGACUUUCAAGUGCACACAAAUAUGAAUGUAAUUUUAGUCAUGAGGUUAAACAACAACCAUGAUAAAUGUUUUUCCGACUUGAAAAAAAUAACAUGUAAUAACGAACUGCUUUGAGGUAUUCACAUAUAUACAGUAGUCUUAGAAACAUGUCUAGGAACUUGGAUUCAAUAUAAUCAUAACGCAUGAGCAGCACUCGCUUCUUCGUUAUCCUCUCGCCAUAACCAUCAUCAUUUCCGUUUCUUUUUCAUGUGUGCUUCUGUUGAUCGUUUUUUACUUUUUUUUUGUUUUGUUUUUUGCCCUGAUGGUUGGCUUGAAAUACUAUCUGCUGUAAUUCUGUCUUUCAUUUUUCUUUCUGACUAAAACCAAAAAAAAAAAAAAAAGACACACAGAGCACCCCCUCACCCUCAAGCUGGACUUCGUGACUUUGACACCCUUACGGCGCAUGCCGUACGCUUAUAAAAAUUCCCCGCAAACACAAAUCACUCACACUGUGAUUUUUUUUCCCUUCCCUUUCCCUUCCUGAACAUUUUAUCCUGCCCUUCUGAAGUAAGUUCAUUGAAGCCGCAGCACUGUUCGUUUCCGAACACAAUGGGAAGAUUUGUUGCUUUUCUUGGGUGUAGGUACAUUCACGUAGUGUGUCUCUCUGUCUGUAUGUGUGUGUGUGUUUGUGUGUGUGUGUGUGUGUGUGUGUGUGUGUGUUAGGACAUAUUUGAGGAAAAGGAAAACCAAAACAAGCACCAUAUCCCUUGAGGCUUGCCACCAAAUCACACUUUGGUUUUGGACCCCUACCAACCUGUUGUUAAAUUUUCCUCACACACUUUCCUCAAGAGCAGUGUUGGGUUGGCUGUCUGGUAGGAUGGUGGUCAGAAGGUUGGGAGCUCAAAUCCCAGCACCACCAAGGUGCCACUGAUGGGCCCUUGAGCAAGGCCCUUAACCCUUAAUUGCUUAUUUGUGUAAAUGAAAUAAUUGUAAAAUAAGAGCAUCUGCCAAAAUGCCAUCAAUGUAAAUGCAAUCCGAUUACGUCUGGAAACAUAUCCGUCCUCAGACUUCCGUUAUUAUUCUCUUUUUUUUAACGGUUUACUUUGACACCACCAAACCCGCCUGUGAACCGCAUAAUUGCAUCACCAUGACCGUCAAUUUUUAUUUAUUCAUUAUUUGGCCUUGGAGUCAUUUUAAUCGAAUCAUUCCAGCUGUUAGAAAUAAUCAUUCCGACUACUAAAGGUGCAGUGUGUCAUUUUUUAAAAAGAUCUUAGGGGGCGGGGCUUAUAUCUGGGCGGGAAAAACUGCAAACCUGAAUCUGCAAACCGAGCGUGACGGAAUGCAAAGCAAUACUGGGGGUGAUUUUUUUUCUGAAGAUAUUUCUAAAACGUUCUAAUUGCAAUGUAUACCUUUAUGGAUCGACAGCGACGGGACUGUUACGUAAUCAAAACCUUUAACGAAUUAGUUUGCGUGUUCCGCAAUGCUGCAAGGCACAAAACAGAUAUAAAAUAAGUAAAUUACUCUUUAUUUUAAAAUAUUUUUCCCACAUGACCAUUCAAUGAUCAUUAUAAUUUAAACGAUCAUGAAAUUUCCCAACACUGCUCAUGAGAAACAUAUGGUCAUAAACAUAAAGCUGUUGCUGCUUCACAAACAUGUCGAAGAAAAACAACAGACGUUUAAACUAAUCUUAAAACAAUGAGCUCAUCUGAAACCCAACACAAAAUCUUAUCGAAUAAGCUACCGAGCUCACACAUUCGUUCCUUUAAUGUAUGCACUUUACCAAAAUUUCGAGUACCAAAACAAAUUUGUAAUUUCAUGCACCAGUGUAUAAUUAUUAUUUUUAUUAUUAAUAAUAAUGUAUUAUUAUUGAAAAAAAAAAAACUCACAGUGUGAAUGUUGAAAAACCAAGGACCUAUUUUAUUGUAAAAAAAAAAAUCUUUCUUUUAUUUUUGCUUGAAAAUACGGCACCAAUAUACGGUCUUUCCAGGCAAAACAACAGAGCGAGUGUAGGUGGCUUUGCCUCCAUACUGUAUCAAGGGUCACACAAGGGCCCUGCUCUCUACUCUGUUUGUUUUCUAGCUGUUCCUACAACGCAAAUACUAGCAGCACACAAAGCAAUUUAUCCAGAUGAAAACCAGCAAAGGACCCCAAUAAAGACAUGAAUAUUCAGUCCAAAUAGCGAAAAAAUUAAAGCUCAGUGACGUACUCUGUGUGUGUUUCAGCAAGGUCUAGUCGUAGGCAUGUGAUGGAUUUCGUCCUGGUAUUGUGAAAAAUGUACAAGCUACAAUCGUGCCAUUGUUUUAGAGGUUUCACAUAUUUGGCCUGAAAUGUUUCCUGAAACGGUCGGUUUGUUUCUCGUCAACGUGUCGUCUUCACACAAAAAAAAAGGUCACGUUGUUAACACGUUGCCAAAUCAUGCCUGUAAUAAUCUAUAUACAUAUUAUUAUUAUUUUUUGUUCACUUUCCUUCAUUUCUACUGCUCUAGUUCUUCAGUCUGCCUCUGUCCAUGCUACAACCAUACAAAUAAAGUAUUAACCUGAUGACCUA